AUGUCUAUCGAUGAAGCCUUCCUCCAAAAACUGGAAUCUUUGUUCCCGGGUCAAGCUUCUGGCCCGUGGUACGUCUACGCAGGCCUCAUAUUUAAGGCCAAUGACCAAAUGGAUCACAUCAAAACGCUAUGGAAGUAUCUCGCCCACAACACACCCGCGGAGGACGACCAAUUCGUAAAGGCCAGGAAGCUGCGUGAAUCCUUACUCAAGGCUAGCGUACUCGUCGGCUUUCCCAAGGGCAUCAAUGCCUGCACGGCUCUUCGGAGUGCGAUCCAAGCUGACUGUCCUCAUCUAGAAGAGAAGCUCGACUCGGACACUUCACUGAGGCAGCAUCUUCAACGUUCCGAAAAGGAUGCCCGCGGGAGAGAGUUCUUCGGCAAGAUCUACGCACACCAUACCGAUCGUGUGUUGAGGAAUAUGUCCUUGGCGAGCGGCGGAGACCUCUCCGAAUUUGCGAUCAAUGCCGUUUAUGGCGAUCUCAUGGCCGAGGAGACGAGAUUGGACGCCAAGGAGACUGGACUGCUGGAGUUCUUGGCUUGCUACGCUACCGGCGGCUCGGUCUGGAGUCAGGCAAAGGGACACAUGUAUGGUUCGCACAAUCUCGGGAAUGGUAAGGAGGAGAUCUUUGGUGCGAUUGCCAUCUGUCAGGCCAUCGAGGAGCGUUUAGGGAUUGAGGUGAACAGAGAGCCGAAGGAGAACUGGGCGUGGACGGCGAAGGCGGAGAAGUGGUAAUGUGUUUGGAGACCGUCCCACCUUUCUGUCCG